AUGUCCUCGAACCCGUACGCCAAGCGGCCCAAGCCCACCUACCCGGCUGCCCCCCCUCCUCCCGCCGACGCCGCCUCGUACGCCGCCGCCUACCCGCAGGCCUACCCGGGCGCAGCAGCAGCCAGCACUAGCGCCUACCCGGCCCAGCCUGCGGCAGCCUACCCGCAGCAGGCCGGCUACGACCCGAGCUUUGCCCAGCAGUCGUCCAUCUGUCCGUCUCUCCCUCUCCCUCCUCGUCCUCGUCCUUCCACAGAGACUGACUCGCCGCACCCGCCUGCAGACACGCCCGACGCAGCAACUUCGCCUGCAGGCCGAGCCGUCGCGACCGUCGGCAACAAGGGCAAGGCCAGGACCACCGUGCUCCGCAAGGGCGGCGGAGAGGUGUGGGAGGACCAGAGCCUCCUCGAGUGGGACCCGAAGCACUUCCGGCUCUUCAUCGGCGACCUCGACCCGGCCAUCAGCGACGACUUGUUCCAGCAGGCGUUCGGCAAGUGGCCCUCGUUCGUCAAGAGCAAGGUCAUCCGCGACAAGUACACCAACAAGGGCAAGGGCUUCGGCUUUGUCUCGUACAGCGACCCAGAGGACUUUCUCAAGGCGUGGAAGGAGAUGAACGGCAAGUACGUCGGCACGCGCCCCGUGACGAUCAAGAAGGCCACGUCGGGCGUCCAGGCGGUUGCGAUCGGUGCCCGCAAGGCGCAGACGCUCGAGGCCAAGCACGCCCAGAAGACGGGCACGGUCCCGUACGAGCGCGCCAACGCCGAUGACGCCGGGCACAAGGCCGUCGCCGGCGAGAAGGGCUACGGCCCGCAGCGCAGCCGCAAGCAGUACAUCCGCCGUUGA